AUGCAUUGGCUCGCUCCCCUCAUUCCAGCGGCCGUCUUGCUCUCGCAACCUGCGAUAGCCGACCCGAAGCCAAAGUACAACCCUCUUCCACCCCUCCGCGAGCAAGCCCGCAUUCAAGAUGCCUGGACGGAGGAACGCAAGGCGACAAUCCCAGCUCUCCUCAAGAAGCACGGCGUCGAUGCUUGGCUCAUAAGUCAGCGCGAGUACGCCGAAGAAACAGUCUUCUGGUCCCUCAAGCCAGCAACAACCUUCUCCGCCCGGCGCCGCACAACAUGCCUCUUCCUCGCCGAGCCCCCAGCCCCCAACUCGCUCCCCCAGCAACCGGGCUGCAUCGUAGGCUGGACCACCGGCGUCUGGGACACCCUCUCCGAACACCUCCGAGCCGCGGACCCGUCCACCAUCGCCAUCAACGCGCACCCGGAAAUCGCGUUCGCGAGCGGCCUGCACGCCGGCGAGUACCAGGCCAUGGCCUCCGGGCUGGGGGGCGAGUGGACCGGCCGGAUGGUCGUCAAGCCCGAGAUCGCCGUCGAGUUCAUCGCGUCCCAGCCGCAGUCCAAGCUGCCGCAGUACCGGGAGAUCAUGGAGACGGCGUGGGCGAUGAUCGCGAGGGCCUUCAGCGAGGAGGUCGUCGUGCCGGGGACCACGACCACGGGCGACGUCGAGUGGUGGUUGAGGGAGGAGAUCCUGGCGCAGAACUUCUCGACGUGGUUUCAGCCCAGCGUGAGCGUCGUUGACGAGUCGCUGCCGUGGGUUAUGAAGAUGGAGCGGAGCGUCGACGAGGGGGCUGGAGGGAGGAUUAUUGAGUACGGCGAUAUGCUACAUGUGGAUUUCGGGUUGUCGGCGAUGGGGUUGAAUACUGACACGCAGCAUUUGGGGUAUGUGUUGCGGCCUGAUGAGACGGAUGUUCCGGAAUCGUUGAAGGAGGGUCUGAGGAAGGGAAACCGUCUGCAGGAUAUCGUGAGACAGACUAUCACAGUCGGCAAGACGGGCAACGAGAUGCUCAAGACCUCACUGAACCAAAUGCAUAAGGAGGGCAUCCAAGGUCGCGUUUACAGCCAUCCUAUCGGAGACUGGGGCCAUGCUGCCGGGCCAUUGAUUGGCAUGACCAACAUGCAAGACUACGUUUCUGCAUCCGGAGAACUGGCCGCUGUUCGUAACAUGUGGUUCAGCGUCGAGCUACUGGUUGAGCACUAUGUUCCCGAGAGAAACCAGACCCUCUGGUUUGCCCUUGAGGAAGACGUCUACUUCGCUGGUGAGGAGAAGGGCUGGCAGUGGGUAUACGGCCGGCAAGAAGAGUUCCAUCUCGUAAGGACGGCAAAGAAGCAAGAUGCCAUCGAGGAGCUGUAA